GAUCCGCCCGCUUUAUCGAAGCUUUCCAGUUCAGCCUGUUGCGCGUAGGCUUAUUGGUUAACCGGUCAGCCAGCUAGGCUGCAAGGAAGUCGACCAACAUUAAAGAAACCAAGAACUGCAAAUAACUGUACCAACACAUGUGCGAACGAUAACUGAACAAGAGGCGAGGGUAUUCUGUGGCGGCGCUCUGUACAGUAAAGCCAGGGGGCCCAUCCUGAGCAGGGGUACCGCAUACACCCGCCAGAGUACCAGCCUCGCUCACUGUUAGCUCGUCGUUGUGAAAACCCGACUGAUGUUGUACUGGGAUGUAGGUUGUGUGGGGAUGGGUGUGAAAGCUUUCUAAUUCCCGUAGAGGGGAGAUCCCCCACUAACGCUGAGGGCUACGUGACGUUUGACUGUUGUAAACUUGGCUUGUGCCGGUGUUAUCUGGCCACUUGGACGUACCCGAUUGUACAUAACCAGUGACUGAGGAGAAAGAGUUCCUCACUCGAGCAGUCUGGCCGCCGGGAUGGCGAACGACUGGACUCAGAAACAGCUGGAGAAGUACAGCGUGAAUUUUGAUCAGUCCGACAAAGACGGCAAUGGAACGUUGAGAUUCAGGGAGGUGGUGCACGCCCUUGUAAUAGGAGGCUUCCGGGGAACGUACGGGGAGGCCAAGAAAAUUUUCAAAGAGUUGGAUUCUAACGACGACAAAGCCAUUAGCAAACAGGAAUUCCUCAACUGUGUCAGGAAUUUACCGAAUAUCGAACUGAAGAAGAUGUGUAUGAGGAGGGAGUUUCAGAUGCUGGAUAGCGACAACAGUGGCUACCUGUCCAAGGGACGAACUCAUGGAUGGUAUUAAAACGCAGAUUUAGAUGUUCAGGCAGAAAAAAUUGCCGAUCUGCUCGUCCAUCUGGUGAAAGAGGACAAAGAUAAACGUGUUAGUUAUGAGGAGUUUAUUGAUGUCUACGGCAUACUCCUCACAGCGGAGAUGGCGAUGCGGCGAGAGUUUAAGCUGAUAGACGCUGACGGCAGCGGUUCUCUGACACGAGAAGAGAUCGUGAAUGCAAUCACGAACGCCGAGCUGGAUCCUAAAGCUGAGAAUAUGUCCAAUCUCCUUAUAGCGCUAGUCACAGACGACGACAAAAAACUGAACUAUGAAGAGUUCCUCAAGGCCUGGUCUGGUCAGUUCAACAAAAAGUCCAAGUAGGGACACCGCCAGGAAUGUAGGAUGUCAAAUUCGUAUAGCCACAUCAUGAUUUGUACAUUAAGGAUCCGAUUCUGUAGAUUCCAAUAUGUCUGACCACUCCACAGGUGUCCGUUUGUUCAGUGAAAACCCGUCGUAUUUUCACUUCGGACAGACACUGACAAGGUGAUUCCAAAAAACCUAUCCCACAGAUUCCCAUUAGGAAAAAACCUUUGAUUGUAUUGAGUUUUCUACUUGUGUUAAUAAAAUAUCGUAACCAUUAAA